AUGCCAGAGCUGAGGACGGACAUUGAAAUCAUUGUUGCUGAUGUGUCUAUCGAGGAAUCGCUGGCCAUCAUGUGCCAACAAGGAGUGGUGAUUCUCAACUGUGUGGGCCCUUACAGGUUUUAUGGGGAACCAGUGGUCAAAGCUUACAUAGAGAACGGAGCUCACUACAUAGACAUCUGUGGGGAGCCUCAGUUCCUAGAGCUCAUGCAGCUCGAGUACCACACGAAGGCGUUGGACAGGGGAGUCUACGUGAUCGGCAGCUGUGGCUUCGACUCCAUACCAGCAGACCUGGGUGUUCUCUACACACAGAAGCAGUUCAAAGGGACACUGACAGCUGUGGAGAGCUUCCUGAGCAUCAGCAGUGGGCCUCAGGGCUCGGUUGGCCACGAUGCCACUUGGCGGUCUGCAGUGUACGGCUUCGCGGACAGCGGAUCCCUCCGCCAGCUGAGGAAGAAGCUCGGCCAUAAACCGCUGCCCGUGGUGGGAGCCAAAGUCAAAAAGAGGGGGUUUGUGUUUUUCAGCAAGGAGAUGGAGCAGUACGCCAUCCCGUUUAUGGGUUCUGACCCUUCAGUAGUCAAGAGAACCCAGCGUUUCCUCUACGAGGAGGAACACCGGUCACCAGUCCAGUACAGUGCCUACGUCGGGAUCGGUGGCCUCUUCUCGGUCGUUAAGCUCCUCUGUGGAGGCCUCCUCUUCUGGUUCAUGGUCAAAUUCAGCCUGGGCAGGAAGCUCCUCACCACGUUCCCAUCACUCUUCUCCUUUGGCUUGUUCACCAAGUCUGGUCCAACCAUGAAGCAGAUAGAAGACACGUGUUUCAGCUUGACGCUCUUCGGGGAGGGCUACUCAGAGGGUUCCGAUCCCACACACGGCCGACCCAACGCAAAGAUCUGCACCCAGGUCAUAGGAGCAGAGCCUGGUUAUGUCGCUACAGUGUCUGCUCUGGUACAAGCAGCGGUAACCUUGCUGAAUGAGCUGCACUCUCUGCCCAGGAGGGGAGGGGUGUACACUCCAGGAGCUGCGUUCCAUAAAACCAGUCUCCUUGAACGCCUCCACAACCACAGCAUCAGGUUCUCAGUCAGGAACUACUAG